CUUGUUGAGGAAGUAGUAUUAGUAAUGCCCAUUUGCAACUCCACAUUCAUUCUCCUGCCAUUGCAUGAUGGACCUCCUUUGCAUUCGCAAGCAAUUUGGUGCAGACCGGCCCUGUCCCGUAUAAAAGAGCAGCACGAAGAAAAUCAUUCCGACCAGCGACCGUGGUUCAAGGCACUUAAGCGAGUCGUGACUAAAAUUCAGCGGCGGCAAUAACCGAAGCUUGUUUCAUGAUUGCAAGGACUCGUCUGCUCGCCAUCAGCCGCGCAAUGUCAACGUCGACGCGCUCCUCCACAUGCCCGCUAUCACAAUUUUCCGCUUGUGAAAUCUCAGAUGCCCUCAUAAAGCUCGGAUCUCCGAACGGAGGACACAUCCCAGACGUCCACAUGCUCUCCCCAAUCUCCCACAAGAUCUGUGCACCAGCAUACACCGUCCAAAUGGUACUCGCAUCAGACAAAUCAGCUCCAAAACUCUCCUCCCAUUUCGUAGACACAGCAACCCCAGGUUCUGUCAUUGUUAUCGACGCCCCACCUCAAGCAAAGAAUGCAGUUUGGGGUGGUCUGAUGACUGCGGGCGCACAAGCUCGAGGAGCUGUCGGCGUCGUUAUCUCUGGACGCUGCAGAGACCUCGCUGAACAUCGCGCAGCAGAUUUCCCGGUGUUCGCCCGUGGACAUUCGACGGUCGGACAGUCCCCUUUCGUACGCCCUUCCGCUGUAAAUAUUGCCCUCACCAUUCGUCCCCAAGAUGCGGGUGAAGGUCCAGAUGCAUUCGCCCCUGUCACCGUGACAGCAGGGGAUUGGAUCGUCGCAGACGAAGAUGGUGUCGUUUGCGUGCCAGUGGAUAUGGUAGACAAGGUCGUGGAGCUUGCUAAGAAGGGUCAGGAGAUUGAUGCUAAGUGUAUGGCUGAUAUUAAAGCUGGCAAGGGCGUCCAAGCAUCUUUCAAGGAACACAGGGGCAAGUAGAAACAUGUUAUCAGAGCCCGCGUCCUCAAUACGCGCAUAAUAUUAAAUACUCGAUGCGCAUACAUACGACAUUUAACAGUCCUACAUCAAGUAGUCAUACUGGAUUGUAUACUGUACAAAAGUGGUCCUCGACGAUUUCGGUCUGAUGCAAUUUUCUUCACUGCCUAAGAGGGGUGCGCAUAUGUUAGUUCUAGGAUAUUCA